AUGUCAUAUGUAUUUUCUUUGACUAUUACAUCUGGAAGUUCAAGCUUUAGCGUCGACUUAGCCUUGAAUGUUAACUUAAUUCUUCUGAAAAAUUUUGGUAAAAAGUAAAAAAAUUAUUUAAAAUAGUUAAAGGGUUGAAAUUUUUAUAAGCAAGAAGCUAGGAGCAGCUUGCUCAGACACAGUCCCUUCAGUUAAUCCAAGUUCAGAAACAGCUUUGACAACUUCAUUUUCAAUAUCAAUUUCUAAUUGUUAUGACCGUGAUGGUGAGGAUUAUCCAAUUCUAUACACCUUUGAAUAUUCUAUGGAUAGUGGAACAACAUAUAGAGGUUGCCCGAUGAUGGCGCUCAAUGCGCCAUCAUCGGACAACCACUAUAA